AUGCCGCUCGACAAGCACGCCUUGCCUGAGUCGAGGCCGAAAAUCGCCAUCAAGCUCAAGGAACCCAGCAACAAAGAGGAUCCCCCCCAUUGUCCCGAACCGGACCAUCAGCUCUUAUACCAUGACACCAUUGGAGCAUCCGUCCAGAGGCUCCAGAUUCCUUGCGUUCCUGCCACGGCAUCUGACGAAGCCAUGCACUUCAAGUCCACCGCUAAACGCAGGCUCGAUGAGCUACUCAACGACCCCAUCAACUUCGUUCCGGCGACCAAGGCCACCAUGAGCACCGAACCCACCCACAAGCGCCGUCGCUUACACACCCAAGAGCCAACCGGUCGAAGCCACAUCGUCGCUAACCUCGACAGCGACUUCUCGCGCAAGGACCUUGGCGCCAUUGGACUUCCCAACGACACCGGCGUGCAGUGUUACCGGAGGAGCUGCCUUCAAGCUCUCAUGAACCUCCCCGUCUUCGUCCAGUGGAUCAAGCGCCACGGCACAAGCCAAAAAUACCGUUGCCCGCAAUCCGGCUGUCUGGCGUGUGCUCUCCGCAAGCUUGCAGAUCAAUACUGGCCAACUGGUGGCAAUAAACAGAGCCAGAAGUAUGUUAAUGAAGCGGUCAGAAACUUCGACAAAGCAAUCAGCAGGCUGCCGAACUGCCCUGGUACAGGGAGCGCCAAAUAUCAACAGCAGGACGCGCAUGAGUUCAUGAUUUUCAUCUUAAACAACCUCUCCGACACUCUGCAUGACAAGAAGGUAUACAUGCCUCGUGACGAGUUUGAGGCUCUAUUCGGGCUGAAGUGCUCCGCGAGGCGUACCUGCCACAACUGCGGACACCAAGAGACUUCAGGACCCUGGGUCUGGACGAAUACCCAAAUCAACCUGCGCGAACCAGGAAAAGGACUGGGCUUCAAGCGGUACCUCGACGCCAACUUUCAAGAUGAAGUAGCCAUCGAUUGCGAGGGGUGCAAAAAGAGGAAGCACACCCGGAAGCAUUUCAUCUUGAGCGCGCCGGAAAUCCUGCCGAUCCAGCUGGUGCGGUUCAACUCAAAAUUCAAGCCGACCAGGUUUGGCGACGUAAAACAGGUAUUUCACAAGAUAUCCGACCCGGUGAAGUUCCCCCUCUACCUGGACUUAUCCGAUUACUGCGACGACGACGAAAACGGCAAGAGGCUGCAGCAGUCUGGAACGCUGCGAUACAAGCUCAGAUCGACAGUCAUCCACCAGGGAGACAGCCGCAGCAGCGGCCACUACGUUGCCAACGUUGUCUCACCUAAGGGUAUUGAGCACAUCAGCGACAUGCACGUUAAGCCGCACAUAUCGGUUCAGGAACUUCUGCGCCCUAUUGACAGCGGAGGCGGCACACCCUACAUCCUGACGUACGUCAGGGAUCAUUAA